UCCACAUCUGUGUUUGUAGUCAAAGACGCUAAAGCUGCCGCAAUUGUAUGUUUACGGAACAGUUAAGCAAACCAAAUUUGUUUAAAUCGAAAAUAUAGCCAAUAACAGAGCGAAAUGCUUAAAUUCAGCAAAGCGCUGUCCCUCGCUCCUCUGGCAUUUAACCCUUCGCGGGCUAUGUGUACCCAACAUCACUGGUUUAAACCGGCCGGUGUUGACACUGGUAUACGCGUCUACAACUGCCCUGCAAGGCGCCAAGUUCCUUUAAUCUUGCCUCAUGAAAACUACAUUACAUGGUAUACCUGUGGACCCACGGUGUACGAUUCCUGCCACUUAGGUCAUGCCAGUUGUUAUGUUAAGUUGGAUAUUAUACAGCGCAUUUUGAGAAACCUUUUUAAUUUCAACAUAGUUACUGCCAUGAAUAUAACGGAUAUUGAUGAUAAAAUUAUACGACAAAGUCAAGAAAGCGGAAGAAAUUGGAAGGAUAUAUCAAGGCAGUAUGAGUUAGAAUUUUGGUCAGAUUUAAGAAAAUUGAAUGUGAUUGAACCUAAUAUAAAAGUACGUGUUACGGAACAUAUACCCAGAAUUGUUGCCUAUAUUGAAGAUAUCAUAAAGAAGAAAUGUGCAUAUGUGGCCAAUGAUUCUUCCGUUUACUUCAAUGUUAAGCAAUUUCCGAUAUAUGGAAAAUUGCAAAAUUUGAAUUUAAGCGAACCAGAAAAUGCACCCGUUGGGCAGGCAGAACAUCAUCAAAAAUUAGCCGCCUUAGAUUUUGCUUUGUGGAAAGCUCGCAAAAGCGAGGCAGAACCUGCUUGGUCUUCGCCAUGGGGCUGGGGUCGACCUGGGUGGCAUAUUGAGUGCAGUACGCUGGCCAAUAUGAUUUUUGGCAAAAGUGUAGAUUUCCAUGCCGGAGGAAUGGAUUUAAAAUUUCCCCAUCAUGAAAAUGAGGAGGCGCAAAGUUGUGUUUUCCAUAAUACCAGGCAGUGGGUUAACUAUUGGAUGCAUACUGGUCAUUUGAAUAUUAAGGGUCAACAAGAAAAAAUGUCAAAAUCUUUGAAAAAUACCAUUUCAAUUAGCGAAAUGUUGCAGGACUACACAUCGGACGAAUUUCGAAUGGCAUGCGUUCUCUCAAACUAUAGAAAUGGCAUGGAAUACAGUGAUGAAAUGAUGGAAACUGCGCGAAACACACUAAAGAAAUUUUAUAGUUUCAAGUCGGACUGCUCUGCUUAUUUAACAGGCAAAAAGCUUGGCUCAAAUAUGGUGUCCUCCUCGAUUCUUCAGAAUCUAAACUAUUGCAAAUCUAACAUAGAUUCCUGCAUAAGAGACGACUUUGACACUGCUCGCUGCAUUGGUGUUUUAUUAGAUCAAAUAUCCAGUAUUAGCAGAUGUAUCAAUGCCAAUCCUAGUGUUUCAGAUGAUAACUCAUUAAUCAACGCCACAUGUUUGGAUGCCGUAGCAGCCGUUAGCAACUAUAUAGACAAUGUACUGCAGUCUUUUGGAUUUAUCGAGGCAUCUGGCAAUCAGGUAAUCAAUGCACAAGAUAAUUUGGAUAUCAAUGGCUUAUUGGAAGAUAUAUUGAAUACACGCAAACUAAUUCGUGAACGAGCUGUGAGUGACAAAAAUAAGGUUUUAUUCCAAGUAUGCGAUGAAUUAAGAAAUUGUUUGCGUCAAAAUGGCAUUGAUAUUAAAGAUCAUGCACAAGGCAGCUCAUGGAAUCUGAUUAGAAAUAGGAAUUAAUAAUUAAGUUUGAAGAAUUCACUAUUUUGUAUCGUUAUAUUUUAAUAUCGAGCAUAAAAUGCCAUAUAUUACUUAUUUUAA